AUGGCCUGUUUGCCCCGGAUCCUGCUGAGCCGCUGCGGGCGGGGGCUGCAGCCCCGGGGCGGGGGCCUCGGGCCCCGGCCGCUCCCCGCCCUCCGCCUCCACCGCCGGCCCCCGCUCUGGGGCGGCCCGGGACCCCCGGCCGGGCGGACGGAGGGCGGCGCGGAGGAGGAGACCUUGUCGGAAAUGCCGGGGCCCAGGACCCUGUCCAACCUGGUGGAGUUCUUCUGGCGGGACGGCUUCGCCCGCAUCCACGAGAUCCAGCAAAAACACAGCCGGGAAUACGGGAAGAUCUUCAAGUCUCACUUCGGCCCCCAGUUUGUGGUGUCCAUCGCCGACCGUGACAUGGUGGCCCAGGUCCUCAGGGCUGAGGGGCCGGCCCCCCAGAGGGCCGACAUGGGAUCCUGGCAGGAGUACAGAGACCUCCGCGCGCGAGCCACGGGCCUGAUUUCCGCGGAGGGAGAGCAGUGGCUAAAGAUGAGGAGUGUCCUAAGGCAAAGAAUUCUGAAACCCAAAGAUGUGGCUGUUUUUUCCGGAGAAGUCAACCAGGUCAUCGCCGACUUGAUUAAGAGAAUCUACACCCUCCGGAGCCAAGAGGCGGAUGGGGAAACCGUCACCAACGUUAACGAUCUCUUCUUCAAGUACUCCAUGGAAGGAGUGGCCACCAUCCUGUAUGAGUGCCGUUUAGGCUGCCUGGAAGACCCCAUCCCCGAGCUGACCUCAGAGUACAUAGAAGCACUGGAGUUGAUGUUUAGCAUGUUCAAGACCACCAUGUAUGCGGGGGCCAUUCCCAGGUGGCUCCGCCCACUCAUCCCGAAACCCUGGAGGGAAUUCUGCAGAUCCUGGGAUGGACUCUUCAAAUUUAGCCAAAUCCACGUGGACAAGAAGUUACGGGACAUCCAGUCCCAACUGGAUCGAGGGGAGAGGGUCCGAGGAGGACUCCUCACCCACCUUCUGCUCAGCAAAGAGCUGACGCUGGAAGAAAUCUACGCCAACAUGACGGAAAUGCUCCUGGCCGGAGUCGACACGACUUCUUUCACUUUGUCCUGGGCAGCGUACCUGUUGGCAAGGCACCCAGAAGUCCAGCAGUCCGUGUACGUCCAGAUAGCCAAUAACCUGCACAAAGACCAGGCCCCCACUGCACGGGAUGUUCCUAGAAUUCCCCUGGUCAGAGCGCUGCUCAAGGAAACCCUCCGGUUAUUCCCAGUAUUACCAGGAAAUGGCCGAGUCACCCAAGAAGAUCUUGUUAUCGGCGGGUAUCUAAUUCCCAAAGGGACCCAGCUGGCCCUGUGUCACUACGCCACCUCUUACGAGGACGAGAAUUUCCCUCUGGCGACGGAGUUCAGGCCCGAGCGCUGGCUGAGGAAAGGCAACAUGGACCGAGUAGACAAUUUUGGUUCCAUCCCCUUUGGUUACGGAAUUCGCAGCUGCAUAGGAAGAAGAAUAGCUGAACUGGAAUUUCACCUAGUCAUGAUUCGGUUGCUUCAACACUUUGAAAUCAAAACAUCUCCCCAAACUAAAACGGUUCCUGCAAAAACCCAUGGACUUCUGACUCCCGGAGGCUCCAUCAACGUGAAGUUUGUCAGUCGGAAGUGAAACUCGAUGUUUCCGAACGUUUCCGCGGGCUCUUUGCCGGGGGUGGGGAAUUGUCUUCAAUUUCCCAGGCUGAGGCUCAGAGUUCUCUCGUCUCGCUGGUGACUUGAAGGGAAUCGAUAAGAUCUGUCCGUGUUGAAGGCUGGUUUGAUUCCUGAAGGAACUUCAAGAUUCUACUUGCUGCAUGAAAGAGCAGUCUACAUCUCGGGGCGAGAAUGUCUCUUUUACCAUAUCAGUCCAGAAACUGUCUUAGCCUGAUGCUGGGGAUCGGUGCCGUUGUAUUUUGAUGUCCAUUACAUUUUCUUCCUCUUGGGA